UUAACAAGUCAAUCAUGUCCAGCUCGUACGACCCGUUGGGAAAAAUUUGGUCCGGCCCUAGGCAACCGGGUCCGUUUAACCCGCAAGCCAAUCUGGGCCAAUUGAUCUUGAACGUACUGGAACGAAACCCAACUAUGGUGGCCCAGGUCUGUGUGGAGUCCGGAGUGAAGCUAUCCUGCGAAGAAAUUCGCCUCCGCUCGAUACGAGCUGCACAGAACCUGACCAAGCUGGGCUGCAAGCAAGGUGACAUGGUUGGCUUUGCCGUGAGGAAUCGCGAAAACGUGGCCCCUUUGGUGUACGGCUGCUUCCUGAUUGGGGCUCCCGUGAACUGUGUUGAUCCGGAUUUCACGGCCGCAGAUAUGGCGCACAUGUUCCGGAUUAGUAAACCGGUGCUGGUGGUGGCAGAUGAAGAUAAUGUGGAAACGGUUAAAGCGGGUUGCCAGGAUGCGGGAAUCAGUCCAAAGUUCGUUGUGAUGGAUCGAGCCUCCGGUGAAGACGAUCUGUCCGGCUGGGAUGUUGUUAAGGAGACCGGGAUGGAGCAUUAUUAUUUCCCGCUAUAUCUGGGUGACUCGGAGAAACUUAUAGCAGCUGUCGUUUGCUCGUCCGGAACUACGGGAAUGCCCAAAGGAGUCUGCCUGUCGCAUGCAAACCUCAUCCAUCAAAGCGCCUUGAUAUGCAAUAUCCAUCUAUUCAAGACGGCUUUCUCGUUCAGCUCGCUGUACUGGGUAUCGGGAUUCUACCAACUGAUACAAGGUCCGUUUAACAAUUCCACCCGUUACAUCUCAACACGUCGAUUCAGUCCGGAGGCGUUCUUUGAAAUCGUUGAAAAGUACGCCCUCACGCACGUGUUCUGUCCACCUGCCCUGAUAGCAAUGAUCCUUCAAAGUCCUCGACUGAAGCAGGUCGAUCUUUCCAGUAUCAAGUCCUUCUAUUCCGGUGGAGGUGUCUUUACGCCUGGACUUCGUAAGUCUCUCCAAAAGUGGCUUCCUUCGUGUAGGAUCGGCGUGGGUUAUGGAACAUCGGAGAUCGGCUACGUAGCCGCGGAUGCCUUUGGGCCGAUACGGGAAGGAUCGGUUGGGCAGCUGGCUCCGAACAUUGAAGCCAAAGUGCUGGACGACAAUGGGAACUCGAUGGGUGUCAACGAGAAGGGCGUCCUCUGGUUCCGAUACCCCAUCAGAGCAGUAGGUUAUCUGAAUAAUCAGGCUGCAACCGAUGAACUGAUGACCGAUGACGGAUGGGUUUGCAGCGGGGAUGUGGGAUAUUUCGAUGACGAUAGCUAUUUGUUUUUGGUUGACAGGAAGAAGGAAAUCAUCAAAUACAAAAGCUACCAAAUAUCACCGGCGGAGGUUGAGGCCACGAUCGAAGAGCUACCGGAAGUGGCACAUGCGUGCGUGGUGGGACUGUUUGAUCCGGUGUUGCACGUGGAUCUGCCGACUGCAGUGGUUCAGCUUCGCAGGGAUUGCACGCUUUGUGAGGCCCGUGUGAUGGAUCAUGUGGCCGAGAAGUUAGCGGACUUCAAACAUCUGCGCGGUGGGGUUUACUUUGUAGACGAGCUACCAAUGACCAAGUCGGGUAAGCUCCAGAGGUACGAGAUACGGAAGUAUGCCGAACAGAGAUCUGCUGCGGCUGUGCGCAAAAUAUAGAUGAAA